UUAGAUUAACACCCUUUGAAAGAGGACAUUGUUUUCAAAAUGACUGCUAAUAAAAAUGAGAGACCAAAGUUCAGGAGCCACGACUUUCACCUUUUUCAUGCCUUGAUGAUAUUAUGCAUGACCAUGCUAUUUCUUCCAGUCAUUGGAACUUCUAAGCAAAAUAUUCCACGACUCAAGCUGACUUACAAAGACUUGCUGCUUUCAAAUAGCUGCAUUCCCUUUUUGGGUUCAUCAGAAGGACUAGAUUUCCAAACCAUCCUGUUGGAUGAGGAGAGGGGCAGGCUGCUUGUAGGAGCCAAGGACCACAUCUUCCUGCUCAGUCUGGUUGACUUAAACAAAAAUUUUAAGAAGAUUUAUUGGCCCGCUGCAAAGGAACGAGUGGAAUUAUGUAAAUUAGCUGGGAAAGAUGCCAAUACAGAAUGUGCAAAUUUCAUCCGCGUACUUCAACCCUAUAACAAAACUCACAUUUAUGUGUGUGGAACUGGAGCAUUUCAUCCAAUAUGUGGUUAUAUUGAUCUUGGAGUCUACAAGGAGGAAGUUGUAUUCAAACUAGACACACAUAACUUGGAGUCUGGCAGACUGAAAUGUCCUUUUGACCCUCAGCAGCCUUUUGCCUCAGUAAUGACAGAUGAGUACCUCUAUUCUGGAACAGCGUCUGAUUUCCUUGGCAAAGACACGGCAUUCACGCGGUCCCUUGGGCCUACUCAUGACCAUCAUUACAUCAGAACCGACAUUUCGGAACACUACUGGCUCAAUGGAGCAAAAUUUAUUGGAACUUUCCCUAUACCAGACACCUAUAAUCCAGAUGAUGACAAAAUAUAUUUCUUCUUUCGUGAAUCAUCUCAAGAAGGCACUACUUCUGAUAAGACCAUCAUUUCUCGAGUUGGAAGAGUUUGUAAGAAUGAUGUAGGAGGACAACGCAGCCUGAUAAACAAAUGGACGACUUUUCUUAAAGCCAGAUUGAUUUGCUCCAUUCCCGGAAAUGAUGGGGCAGAUACUCAUUUUGAUGAGCUUCAGGAUAUUUACUUACUCCCCACAAGAGAUGAAAGAAAUCCUGUAGUCUAUGGAGUCUUUACCACAACCAGCUCCAUUUUCAAAGGCUCAGCUGUUUGUGUAUACAGCAUGGCUGACAUCAGAGCAGUUUUCAAUGGUCCAUAUGCUCAUAAGGAAAGUGCAGACCAUCGCUGGGUGCAGUAUGAUGGAAGAAUUCCUUAUCCCCGACCUGGCACAUGUCCAAGCAAAACCUAUGAUCCACUGAUUAAAUCCACGCGAGAUUUUCCAGAUGAUGUCAUCAGUUUCAUCAAGCGGCACCCUGUGAUGUUUAAAUCAGUAUACCCAGUUGCGGGAGGACCAACAUUCAAGAGGAUCAAUGUGGAUUACAGACUGACGCAGAUCGUGGUGGAUCAUGUUGUUGCAGAAGAUGGUCAAUACGAUGUAAUGUUCCUUGGAACAGACAUUGGGACAGUCCUCAAAGUGGUCAGCAUUUCAAAGGAGAAGUGGAAUAUGGAAGAAGUAGUAUUGGAGGAGUUGCAGAUAUUCAAGCACUCAUCAAUCAUCUUGAACAUGGAGUUGUCUCUGAAGCAGCAACAAUUGUACGUUGGCUCCCGCGAUGGGUUGGUUCAGCUCUCCUUGCACAGAUGCGACACGUAUGGGAAAGCCUGUGCAGACUGUUGUCUGGCCAGAGACCCCUACUGUGCCUGGGAUGGAAAUGCAUGCUCUCGAUACGCACCCACUUCAAAGAGGCGAGCUAGACGGCAAGAUGUAAAGUAUGGAGACCCAAUCACUCAAUGCUGGGACAUAGAAGACAGCAUUAGUCAUGAAACUGCUGAUGAAAAGGUGAUUUUUGGCAUUGAAUUUAAUUCAACCUUUCUGGAAUGUAUACCUAAAUCCCAACAAGCAUCUAUUAAGUGGUAUAUCCAGCGGUCAGGAGAUGAGCAUCGAGAGGAGUUGAAACCUGAUGAAAGGAUCAUCAAAACAGAGUACGGGCUACUGAUUCGAAGUCUGCAGAAGAAGGACGCUGGGAUGUAUUACUGCAAAGCACAGGAACACACUUUUAUCCACACCAUAGUGAAGCUGACUUUGAAUGUCAUUGAGAAUGAACAGAUGGCAAAUACCCAGAGGGCAGAGCACGAGGAGGGGCAGGUCAAGGAUCUGUUGGCAGAGUCACGGUUGAGAUACAAAGACUACAUCCAAAUCCUUAGCAGCCCAAACUUCAGCCUCGACCAGUACUGCGAACAGAUGUGGUACCGGGAGAAGCGGAGACAGCGAAACAAGGGCGGCCCCAAGUGGAAGCACAUGCAGGAAAUGAAGAAGAAACGAAAUCGAAGACAUCACAGAGACCUGGACGAGCUUCCUAAAGCCAUGGACACGUAGCUGUCUGUUUAAUUUAAAGAAAGGAAUUCUUUACCUGCAAAAAUACCGUCUUCUGUUUUGUACACCCCGUAUACUAACUCAUAAGAGCUUUCCAUGGAGUUUUGCUAAGGCAAAGAGCACAAGAACAGUGAUCUGAUUAAGACUAUAUAUGGUGAAUAUGGCAUAGUAAGGGCAACUAAUUCAUCUGGACCAGUUUUCCAAGAACUAAACACGUACCUGCAAAGUAUCAGAAUUAUCCUCAAAAUUGGGGCUUUACAUUUGUAAAUGUUUGAUGUGCUGAGUUUUUGAAUUUAUUAUGUCAUGUAAAUAAUUGAGCUGAGCGAGCAUCAAAUUUGAUAUUACAAUUUGAUAUUACAAUAAGGUGCUUUAUUUCCCUUGUAUGGCCAUUAAGCACAGACUUGACCAUGCAGUUGUGCUAUAUAUGUGUUCUUAGGAACAGAUACAUCAUUCCACUCUAGAACUCGCUCCCUUGUGGUAGGAUUUGGAGAGAAGACACAAAUUCGUACAGCUCACACUAUCAGCAGGAACUUUCCCAGGGAGCCCUUCACUCUUGGUGCAGGGUUUAGGAAUUUGGAGAGGUGUGUUAUUUCAGACCCCAGAGGUUACAUUCGGUGUACUGCGGUGUGAUAUACUGAAGGAUGUAAAUGCUCCUCCCAGGAUUCCUUAUGACUUGUCAAGAGUAACAGGUUCACAGAGAGAAGUUGGUACUCGGUUAUGUGUUUUUAGAAUAUACGCUGAGCUUUACAGGGACAGAACGUUUCAUAAAUAUUUUAAUAAUAUAUGAGAAAACAUUUUAAUAAGGGAAACACCAUGAUGUAUACUGCGUCCUGAUGGGAAGGCAUGCAGAUGGAAUUUGUUAAGAGACAGAAAGAAAGACAGCCAUAAAUUCUGGCUUUGGGGAAAACUCAGAUCCCCAUAAAAAGGAAGAACGAUCACAAAUAAACUGGGCAAAAUGUUAUGUAGCUUUAUUCACUAGAGUAUGAGUAGCUGCCAAUUUGUAAUCCAUCUGUUAAAAAAAUUCUACCUUAUAACAAACUGCUAGCGAAAGUCUGAGGAAAAGUAAAUUUUCUAAAAGAUCAUGGGAAGAAUGAACACAAAUUUAUUUACAA